AUGAAAAUUUUAUUAUUACUAUUUUUAAUAGUUUUAUUAAAUGUUUCUUUCACAAUGGCUUGGGAAGAAAGUGGUGAAACAUAUUAUCCAGUAUACCCACCAGGCAGUAAAAAAUGUCAUAAUGAUUGCAAUUAUCAACCAUAUCUUUGUUACAAUGGUAUUUGUUCAUGUCCUUAUGGAUACAAUCUUAAUCCAUACGAUUGCAGUGAUAAAUGUUAUUAUGCAGGUUGUACAAAAUCUAUAGAUUCAAUUAGUGAUACCACUCUUAAAGGUGGACCAAUUACUUUAUUAGGAUGGUUUGAUAAUGAUUAUUCAUCAAUUUUUAUCACUGUUGAUGGUGUUAAUUGUCCAAUUUAUUCAAAUUCUUCAACAAGUGUAACUUGUUUAGCACCAAAAAUCGGUGGUUCAAUGAACCCACAUUUAUAUAUAGUAGAAACUACAUUCACUGAUAGCAAUAAUAACACAAUGAUGGAAAUAUUUAAAACAGUUAGUUAUAAUUCCACAAAUUGUUUAAAUCAAUGCUCAGGUGUUGGUUCAUGUGAUGAGAAUGGAAAUUGCAAUUGUUUAUCUGGUUACUCUGGUGAAGAUUGUAGUAUUAUUCCAUCACCAGCUCAUUCAUCCUCAUCAUCAUCACCAACUGAUAAAGGUUAUUUUACAAUUCAAAUCACUCCAUUUACUUUAAUUUUAUUAUUCAUUUUCAUUUUAAUUACUAUAAUUACUUCAAAAAAAUAA